AUACAAAAUACUCUGCAGGAUGUGGUGGGGAUAUAGUCAGCCUUUAGACAUUCAAGAGGAAUUAGUAACGGAAGACAAUUCUGUCACCGAACCUUUACAAGUAUUGUUAAUAGGUGCAAGUGACGCAAGACAUGUCAUAAAAACAGUGGCUUCUUUACAUAAACAUAAAGAUAGACAUAUAAAAUUUCAUGUUAUCGAACCAACUUUGGAACAAGUAGCUAGGUCUAUUCUAUUGCUCGGUACUUCCUUGGACGAAACGUUAGGUCUGCAAGAAGGAGCCCGGUGUUUUUUAGAAUUCUUGGGAAAUAUUCUUUUAAAGCCAGCCUCCGCAAGGAAUUUAGUGAAUCAAUGUACAAGGUUAAUAAACAUUGUGUGCAAUAGUGCCGAUUGCCCUUGGAUGAGCUUGGAGAAACUGAGACAUCGGGACAGGGACAAUUUAGAAUGGAUAUUCAAAUUUUGGCGGAGAGCAGUCUGCGAAGGAAUACCUAUUCUUGAUUAUUGGGAUCGAAGAGUGAGAAAAUCACUGGGCGCACGUUACGACUAUAAAGAUGGAGUGUUCGAUUGGGAUUUUCACAUGAUUAAGAAACCGAGAGAAAUUUCCAAUUUAACACACUAUGAAUACAAACUUUGGAGAAGUAAUGGCGUAGCAUUCACAUGGUUGGAAGGAGAACCUGUAAGGGGGAAUCCCACACUUCUGAGUAACAUAACAUCGGAGGGAAAUGGAUUUAUACACAACGCUUAUUUAGGCGACAUUGUAAAUGGGCCAUACUACACGUGGGCUAACAGCACCAGCAGCAGUAAUAAGUAUAAACGUUUACUUAGAAAGCUCCGAGCGUCUGACUUUGCGGAACAAGAAAUCAUGAGCGCCAUCCAUGAAAUAAGGUUCAAAAAACCUAUCUCCGAAGAAUUACUGAGAGCUCACAGAGAUCCGUCUCUGGUGGCCAGCACUAUAGUAACAGAAAUCCCACAUAGUGAAAUUCAACAAGAACCUUGGUUUUUCAAGGGAGAGCGUAAUUCCGAAGCACCUCGUUGGACGGAAAUCUCAAAUAUUGAAGUAAUAUUUCACCCACCCUGCCUUAUGAAUAACCUCAAAAAUAGAGGAGAACUUCAAGAUAAAUUUUCUCUCGUCUGGGUGGCGCAUAACAUGACGAGGCAUGUAUCACAUCUUGCACCUUUGCUCAAGACGGAUGGAAUCAUGCUCGUAGAGUCACGCAAGUAUUUGGUGGAAUUGCGUAAGGAGGAUCUGGAAAGUUUUGCCGAAGCAUUGAAGAAGGACGCACAGGAAGCGGGAUUGCGACAUCUGGAAGAAAUAAACGAUGAAAAGGAGGAAUACUUUAGAUUUAUCAAAAGUUGA